CACGCGUGCAGCCAUUUGGCAUUGCUUGCUUACCAUAUAGCCCUCUUCUAGUCACCAGAUCAGUUUCGGACACGUCUCGCGCGGAAAUGGCCGACCUCUUGAACACCACUAGCGUGGUCCUAAAGCACAUUCUGGAGACAAAGUCUUUGCCGGACGUGGACCUUAUCAAGGUCCUGAUCAGCCAGCUGCUGGGAUAUGCUAUCCUCGCAGGCGCCUGCAUUACCAAGCUACCGCAGAUCCUGGUCAUCCGCAACGCUGGCACCGCGGAGGGCCUCAGUCUCGAAAUGUUCGAGAUAGAAACCUACACGCUGCUGGUUUCCGCGCUGUACGGUUUCACGCAGCUGCUGCCGUUCAACACGUACGGCGAGUCCCUGAUCCUUGCCGUACAGAACGCCGUCAUCCUGGCCAUGGUGUACAGCUACAGCCGUACGCCCGUGAUGCGGCGCCUGGCGGUGACUGGCGCCUACGUGGCGCUGGUGGCGGGAGUCAUGGCGGGCCACAUCAACAAGCAGACCAUGAACAACUUCGCGGAGGCCAACACCGUGGUGGUGGUGCUGUCGCGGGUGCCCCAGAUCUUCAAGAACGUCGCGGCGGGCUCCACGGGCGCGCUGAGCAGCCUCACCACUUUCAUCAACGUGGUGGGCUGCAUCGUGCGUAUCUUCACCACGCAGCAGGCGGGCGGCGGUGCGGCCAUGAUGCGCGGCUACGUCGUCAGCCUGAUCAUCAACGCCACGCUGCUGAUCCAAAUCAUCCUGUACCGCAAGAACACGGCCAAGGUGCUGGCGGCGCAGAAGAGCAAAGCGGACAAGGAGAAGGGAGCCAAGGAGGCGAAGAAGAAGGAGUAAUGGGUUGUGUAUGUAUGGAACUGGUGGGGGGGAGGGCGUUUAGAAAGGUGGUGAUGGCGGUGGCGGCGCGGUUGGGCAUUGUGUUGGAUUACUGCGGCUGACGCAAGCUGUCAAUACGGUAUUAUGCUGAAUAGGAUCACGCACUAGGCAAAAUCACCCGGCCGGAGAUGUUAUGGAGGCGGAGAGGCGCUUUUUGCAUUGAGGUAUGGGACUAGGGUGAGGGCAGUGAUGAUGUGUUAGGUCGUGAGGAUGCAGUGAUUGAAUCCCAUGCCAUGAUGAGACGUGGGGUGUCGGGACACUGCAGACGAAAGAAUGGAAUAUUGUGCCGGCGCUCUUGCCAGUUCCGAGAGGCUGGCAGGCUGCAGGCAUGCAACGGCCGUGUUUUGGGCCCGGGUCAGAGGUCGACCGUGGAGGUCGCCCCACAGCUGUAACAUCACUCCAUU